CUGCUGCCUGGCCCCGGGAUUUUUGGAAGCCCCAGCACUGUGACGCUUCCUGAAACCUUACUGUUUGUGUCAACCCUGGAUGGAAGUUUGCAUGCUGUCAGCAAGAGGACAGGCUCCAUCAAAUGGACUUUAAAAGAAGAUCCAGUCCUGCAGGUUCCAACACAUGUUGAAGAGCCUGCCUUCCUCCCAGAUCCCAAUGAUGGCAGCCUGUAUACGCUCGGGGGCAAGAAUAAUGAAGGCCUGACGAAACUUCCCUUUACGAUCCCGGAGUUGGUGCAGGCAUCCCCAUGCCGAAGUUCAGAUGGAAUCCUCUACAUGGGUAAAAAGCAGGACAUUUGGUAUGUUAUUGACCUCCUGACUGGGGAGAAGCAGCAGACUUUGUCAUCGGCCUUUGCAGAUAGUCUGUGCCCGUCAACCUCUCUUCUGUACCUUGGGCGAACAGAGUACACCAUCACCAUGUACGACACCAAGACCCGCGAGCUGCGGUGGAACGCCACCUACUUCGACUACGCGGCCGCGCUGCCCGAGGACGACGGGGACUACAAAAUGUCCCACUUUGUGUCCAAUGGCGAUGGGCUGGUGGUAACUGUGGAUAGUGAAUCUGGAGACGUCCUGUGGAUCCAGAACUAUGCUUCCCCCGUGGUGGCCUUCUACAUCUGGCAGCGGGAGGGCCUGCGGAAGGUGAUGCACAUCAAUGUUGCUGUGGAGACCCUGCGCUACCUGACCUUCAUGUCCGGGGAGGUGGGGCGCAUCACCAAGUGGAAGUAUCCAUUCCCCAAGGAGACGGAGGCCAAGAGCAAGCUGACGCCCACCCUGUACGUUGGGAAGUACUCCACCAGCCUCUAUGCUUCCCCCUCAAUGGUACAUGAGGGGGUCGCUGUUGUGCCCCGAGGCAGCACCCUUCCUCUGCUGGAAGGCCCCCAGACCGACGGUGUCACCAUCGGGGACAAGGGGGAGUGUGUGAUCACGCCCAGCACGGACCUGAAGUUCGACCCCGGGCUCAAAGGGAAGAGCAAGCUCAACUACCUGAGGAACUACUGGCUGCUGAUAGGACACCACGAAACCCCACUGUCAGCAUCCACCAAGAUGCUGGAGAGAUUCCCCAACAACCUGCCCAGACACCGGGAGAACGUGAUUCCUGCCGACUCCGAGAAAAAGAGCUUUGAAGAGGUUAUCGACCUGGUUGACCAGACUUCAGAAAACGCCCCUACCACGGUUUCCCAGGAUGUGGAAGAGAAGUUCGUUCAUGCACCUGCCAAGCCCGAGGCCCCCGUGGACUCCAUGCUCAAGGACAUGGCCACCAUCAUCCUGAGCACCUUCCUGCUCAUUGGCUGGGUGGCCUUCAUCAUCACCUACCCCCUGAGCAUGCAUCAGCAGCGGCAGCUCCAGCACCAGCAGCUCCAGAAGGAACUGGAGAAAAUCCAGCUCCUGCAGCAGCAGCAGCUGCCCUUCCACCCACCUGGAGACGCGGCUCCGGACAUCGAGCUCCUGGACUUAUCCGGCCAGUACUCUGAGAGCUCGGGCACCAGCAGCCCCAGCACAUCCCCCCGAGCCUCCAACCACUCGCUCCACUCCAGCGGCUCUACCUCCAAGGCUGGUACCGGCCCCUUCCUGGAGCAGGACGACGAGGAUGAGGAAACCAGCAUGGUGAUGGUUGGGAAAAUCUCUUUCUGUCCGAAGGAUGUCCUGGGCCACGGAGCUGAGGGCACAAUUGUGUACCGGGGCAUGUUUGACAACCGCGACGUGGCAGUCAAGAGGAUCCUCCCCGAGUGUUUCAGUUUUGCAGAUCGUGAGGUCCAGCUGCUGCGAGAAUCUGACGAGCACCCGAACGUGAUCCGUUACUUCUGCACCGAGCGGGACCGGCAGUUCCAGUACAUCGCCAUUGAGCUGUGUGCCGCCACCCUGCAGGAGUACGUUGAGCAGAAGGACUUCGCCCACCUCGGCCUGGAGCCCAUCACCCUGCUGCAGCAGACUACGUCGGGCCUGGCACACCUGCACUCCCUCAACAUCGUUCACAGAGACCUGAAGCCCCACAACAUCCUCCUCUCCAUGCCCAAUGCACAUGGCAGGAUCAAGGCCAUGAUCUCCGACUUCGGCCUCUGCAAGAAGCUGGCAGUGGGCAGGCACAGCUUCAGCCGCCGUUCAGGGGUGCCCGGUACAGAAGGCUGGAUCGCCCCGGAGAUGCUGAGCGAAGACUGCAAGGAAAACCCUACCUACACGGUGGACAUCUUCUCUGCGGGCUGCGUCUUUUACUAUGUGAUAUCUGAGGGCAGCCACCCCUUUGGCAAGUCCCUGCAGCGGCAGGCCAACAUCCUCCUGGGCGCCUACAGCCUCGACUGCCUGCAGUCCGAGAAGCACGAAGACGUCAUCGCCCGGGAACUGAUAGAGAAGAUGAUCGCGAAGGAUCCUCAGAAGCGCCCGUCUGCGAAGCACGUGCUGAAACACCCAUUCUUCUGGAGCCUCGAGAAGCAGCUCCAGUUCUUCCAGGAUGUGAGUGACCGAAUAGAGAAGGAGUCCCUGGACGGCCCGAUAGUGAAGCAGCUGGAGCGGGGCGGGCGGGCCGUGGUGAAGAUGGACUGGAGGGAGAACAUCACCGUCCCCCUGCAGACAGAUCUGCGUAAAUUCAGAACCUAUAAAGGCGGCUCCGUCCGAGACCUCCUCCGGGCCAUGAGAAAUAAGAAGCACCACUACCGGGAGCUCCCCGAGGAGGUGCGGGAGACGCUGGGCUCCCUCCCCGACGACUUCGUGCGCUACUUCACCGCCCGCUUCCCCCACCUCCUCUUGCACACCUACCGGGCCAUGGAGCUGUGCUGCCACGAGAGACCCUUCCAGCCUUACUACUCCCUCGAGCGCCCGGAGUCCCGGCCCCCCAUGACUCCAGACGCCCUCUGAGCCGGGCGGCCUCCGUUCUGGUGGCCCCCGCUGUGACUGAGGGCCUGGUCUCCACGGGCCUCACUCAGCCUGACGCCUCCCAGCUUAGCAGGGAGACCAGGCUCUGAAGCCAAGUGCCUUGAGCUGGCCGCUCUGCAGCCGGCAAAGGAGGGUGCUGACCCCUCCUGACCUGCGAGGGAGCUGGGAAGAUGUUGGCCCUGAAAGCUUUACAAAGGGGGGGCCGUCCGCAAAGGAGGGCCGGUCCCAGAAGCAGCAAGAGGAGCACCCUCUGCCUUCUCCGGGAUAAACUCGCUUCACAACUUGCGUUUCUUUUUAAACUUUCUGUUUGAUGUCAACCUAUGGGCCUUCAAGGAAGAGAUGAGGGUAUCCUCAGUGUUGCCUAGUGCUGGGACCAGGAGCAUCUCUUUUGGACCAGCUAGGCCGAGAUGCACCAAGUGCAGCCUCUGCUAGAAGCAGGGCUCGAGAGGUGAGGGUGCCUGGGAGGAGAAGGAUGUUCAGAGGGUGUCGUCCCCCGGGAUCGGAGAUGCCUUACCGAUCACAGAUGUGCCCACAGUUUACGAGGUCACUGUAACCAGUGUUUCCUCGGGAGCAGGGAGAGCCUUGAACAUGGGGUGGCACGAUGUCAGGACAGGUCAGCACUGCGCGCUGGAAGGUGAGGCCGAGCCUGCGGGUCUCUCAGAAGCGAAGAGGGCUCUCUGUCCUGAGGCAGCUGUGGCCUAGCACACAGGUGGCCUUUGGUAGAUUCAUGUGCUGGGCCACCUGGGGAUGUUUAGGAGCAUUUGGGGGCAAGAGUUGGUAAGUCCCCUGGCCACCAAGGAGAGCAGCUCAGAACCAGGCAGGGACAGGCCUUAGGACUGGAGGGGAGCAGGCCAAAGGGACAUUCGGCCACCCAGGGAGAGCUCUGGCCAGCAGGUAAGCUUUGAGACUGCUCUAUCCCUGGGGCCAGCAGGACAGGCCAGGGGGUUGAGAGCCGAGGCCAGGGUCACCACAUGCUUCGUGGACAGGCUUCUAUGUUUCUCUCAGCAGAUUUUAAUGACUUUAUAUUUUGAUCAUAGUGUAGAAUGCUACAUAAGCGUGAGCUCAACUUCACUUGAAGCUUACUCAUGAGGAAGUAAUGCAAGAAAUAUGACACAUCUUCUAUUUUAUGUGGUACCCACAGUCCCGUUCCCCUCCAGAAAGAGUGUUCAUACGCAGAACAUUCUCUGAUGCUGAAGAGUUAAAUGUUACAGCAACACUAUAUGCAUGUGUGAAGUAACUUCAAAGUAAUAUUUCUAAAUUAUGUCAAUACCAUGGGGUUUUUUCCCCCUAAAAUUAAUACAAUUUUUAACUUUAGUUUCAGUCAAAAAUUUCUGUCUUCUCUACCGAGAGCCUUAGAGGUUAAAUGCAAUCAGGGUACCAGUAAGGAAACGUUUUCCGUAUACUUUCUGCAGCCGGGGGAACGGAUCAUUGCAGUUCGGUCCUGGUGAACUGAGACUCCACUCAGCUACUGUCGAGGUUUGCUGACUGGCAGAGAAAUCACUGUUUCUUCUUCUUGUGAGAUGUUUCUGGUGGUGUAUUUGAAUGAAGGCUGUUCCUCAAAAACGCUCAUUCUGCCUUCAGAGAACUCAGUUCCCUUCCUUUCCUAAUACCUAAAGUCACUCUUUUUUCUCCUUUAAUGUUAUCCUACAUCUUUAAACCUCAUCAGUUACCUCUCUUAGACCUUGGACCCCGGCAUCCUCUGUGGGCCCCGUGGUGUCUUGUGCACACUGUCCGUUUUCCAGGAUCAAAGCCAGUCAGUCUUCCUCUCCCCGCUCUGACUCCCCGAGCCAGCCCCUGCCCCUCCCCGCUGUUCUCCAUCCUGCUCUGCAGGUCUCUCAGCUGCCAGCUGGCUAGAUGCUGAGCCAGUCCAAGCUGAGUGACUUAAAGGAACACGCCAGCUCUCCGCGAGGUUGGGGGGCAGCUGCCUUGCCUUCUCCCUGCUGCUGAAUGUUGUCUCGGGGGGAGCCAGGUCAUUCCCCGCAGCCCAGGAUUUGUGUCAGCUCCCUGUUUUGGCCCAGUUCGUCUCCAGAAAAACUUUUUAAAAAAAUCCCUUUUCUGCUUAUCAUACCAGUUUUUAAGCAUGCAACUUUCCCAAACUCAUUUAUUCAGAGUAAUUCCUUUGAGCGCUCACUGUGUCAGCUGGGCAGGACGCAGGUGAACAGAACAGGCAAAAGCUCUGUUUCAUAAGAGCUGAUGAGACAGAGAGAGAGAGAGAAAGAGCGGUGAGUAAAUGUCAGCACCGCCAAGAAAACUCGGGAGUAGGGGGGGGUGCCCUGGGGGUUUGCACCGAUUACAUCUGGCCAGGUUGCCUUCUGUCCUUCUUCCCUCUGUACCGUUAGGAACCCCGUCCCCUGCCUUUAGGUGGUGUGAAGAGUUCUCAUGUGGGCACUUGUCAUGGGAACACCUUGGGCAGCAUGU